CAGGAUUGAUACCUAAUACUAGUUAUACUAUUGGAGUGAGAGCAUAUACUAGUAUUGGACCAGGAGAAUGGACUGGUAGAGAAUAUGCUACUAUUCAAAUACCUGUCAUUGAAACCUUUUCUAUAACAAAGCUCAAUUCUACAGUAGUGAGGGCUGAGUGGAGUUUAAUUCAUGGAGCUAGUCAUUAUACUGUCUAUUAUGAGUCAACCAGUAGCUUCUCAAGAAAGAAGAGACAAGUAGAGACAGGAAUGAGAGUAUUCCCAGGUGAUACUACUGAAGGUCGAAUAGGAGGGUUAGAUCCUAAUCUAAACUACUUGUUCUCUAUAUCUACAUCAUUUACUGUUAAUGGAAGGAUUUAUGAAGGAGAGAGGACUCAACCAAUAUCACCAGGUACUCCUGUAAUGCCUACUACUACUACUUCUGACGAAGGCUCGAUGACUAUUGUUUUCAUAGCAGUUGGAGCUAUUGUGUGCAUACUAGUGUUAAUAGUGAUAAUAAUCAUCAUUGUGGUAGUUGUUGUAUUAAAGAAAAGAAGAGGCAGUAAUGAUUUUGACAUAAAUCCUAAAAAUACUUCUACUAGUAAACCUGAAGCUACUGUAUACUAUAGUACAUGCAAAAGUAAUAAUAAUGAUGCAGGAUAUGAAGAAAUUGGAUUAGAAAGAAUUGAAGAGGCAACUUACAGUACAGUAAUGAAACCUAAAAAGCCAGUGAUAGAAGAGUUCCCUAGUGAUAUGACUACUGAGGAAGGUUGUCAGGUUCUUUUGAAAGUAAAAAUCAAAUCAAUUCCUACCACGUAA